GUUCAUGAAGCUUAUAUCCAUAGUUUUAUGAGACCUUCAGCCAUGAGUCCUUUGGGCAUACUCCUUUUUUUAAUCUUCCUGGAGAAAAGUGGAGGACAAGAACAAAUAUACAGUAUACAGAAAAUUCAAGAUCAAUAUAAAGUGGACUUUCCGACCAUUAGCACCACACAACUUGAAAUUAAAGAUGACUCUUCUAAUCAAAUUAUCAGGACAAGAAGAGAUCUGAAACAGAGAGUAGACGAACAAGCUGCUAAAUACAGACAUCCAAUGCCAAAGAAAUGUUGCUAUGAUGGUGCCCGUCUGAGUAUCGGUGAAACUUGUGCACAGCGUGCUGCUCGGAUUACCAUAGGGCCACACUGUACCAGAGCUUUCAACGAAUGCUGUACCAUCACAAACAAUUUUAAACACAAAUACAUCCACUUUGGAAUGGAAAAAACAUAUGAGCAGUACUACAGAAACCUAGAUUUAAGACCUAGUAAAAACCUGCUGCCAAGUCACUGUGUAAAUGUAAAUGAUUCUUAA